AACUAUCCCUUGUACAUCCGAAGUGUCCCGACGGAAAACGAGCUGAAGUUCCACUACACCGUGCACACCUCCCUCGACGUCGUGGACGAGAAGAUCUCGGCCAUGGGCAAGGCCAUGGUAGAUCAGAGGGAUCUGUACCUGGGGCUCCUCUACCCAACAGAGGACUACAAAGUAUAUGGCUACGUGACAAAUUCCAAGGUGAAGUUUGUUAUGGUGGUGGAUUCUUCAAACACAGCACUCCGAGACAAUGAGAUCCGCAGCAUGUUCCGAAAGCUGCAUAAUUCAUAUACAGACAUCAUGUGCAACCCAUUUUACAACCCUGGGGACCGUAUCCAUUCCAAAGCUUUUGAUAAUAUGGUGACCUCCAUGAUGAUGCAGGUGUGCUAAAAGACUGCCCCUUUCCUUCUGAGGGUGAGAACACACCCUGG